UCCUGAAACAUCUUGUGAAUACACACAUAAUUUAAACCUUAUUUUGUGAAGAUAAUCAGUUUCUGUCCAGCACAAUAUAAACAAAGGAUCAGCUGUAAUCAGAUGAAGAUGACCUCCUCCUCUUCCUCCUCUUCCUCCUCCUCCUGCUCCUCCUGCUCCUCCUCCCUCCUCAUGCAGACCGUGUAACAGGUUCAUGCACAGCUCAUCAGUUUGGUGAAUGCAGCUCUGAAACAAUUAUCUGUAAAUAAGUUUAUUUACUGUACACAAAGUGGAGUCAACAUGUUCUUUCGGUCAACAGUCAAAUACGCUAAGAAGCAUCCAGCACUCUUCUCUCAGUUCUUCUUCAUCUGUUUGGGAAUGGGAGGAGGAGUUGUGUACCUAAUCCGCAUGGCCAGUGGACCACAUGUUAUCUGGAACAAGACCAACAACCCCGAACCUUGGAAUAAAUUGGAGCCCACAUACCAGCACAAGCUCGUGGCCAUCACCACGGACUACAAAACCCUGAAGAAGGAGGGGCCUGAGUUUUAAAAAAAUAAAUAAAAUAAGUCAUGAUCAGAUUUACUCUGACAUUCUGAUUUUUAAUGGAUUCUACAUCACAAUGCUUCAGUAGUCUGUGUGUCUAAUGUUUGCAAAUCACCUCUGAUGUUGCUGGAAUUGUUACUGAAUGGAUCAUGAAUGCAUGUGUGUACUUGGAAAAUGCUAAAAAUAUAGAAAGUUUGCAUACUUGUAAAUAUUUGUAGAACACAGAAAUACACCGUUGGGUCCAUAAGCAUUUAGAGACUGAUACAGUUCGUACACCAACACAAUGGAGCUGAAAUUAAUUCAGUUAAUUUUAUUCAUAUGAAACAAUUGAAAUGUGCCUGUAGUGCAGAGUUUCAGCCUUAAUUCAAGGUGUUUUAUGAAAAUCAUAUUAACUAUUAGUUAAUUACAGCCAAUUUGAUACACAUUCCCUUUAAGUGUUGUACAAAUACUUAUGGACCUAACUUUAGUGAGCACAAUAAAUCAUAUAGUUUGAGGAGUAUGAUUAUAAUUUACUUACUUACUUACUUAAUUUAGUCACUAUUGUUUAUUUUUAAAAGCCUGAAACAGAAAUGAUCUAGAUUUUAAAACUAUAUAUAUAUAAAAUCGACAUGUGCCUGCAGUUUUACACUAUGUUUUCCAUCACUGGAGUUAAUUGUCAUAUUUCUUUUAACACAACUGUGUGAGUUUUAACAACAAACCAUACAUGCACAAAGCUGAAAUCUUUCAAAAUAAACUCGCUUCAUGAC